GGAGCAGGAGUCAGUGGAGGAGGAGGUGGAGCUAUGGCAACCACAAGCAACUCGUCGGCAACUCCAUCGCUGGCCACAACACCGGCAACAACUCCAACGGCAAUGACAACAGCCAAAAGAUUGGGCUACACCUCCCCACCCUCGGCCACCGCAUCGGUAAUAUGCGAGGAGGUAUUCGAUGAAGCCUGUCUUCCAUCUUCAGACGAGAUUAACGAUUAUGCCACGUUAAUUGGCAUUGAGCCGAGCAAGGAGACACACUUACUUUAUCUGGCCAAGGAAGGACUUAUGGCCGCAUUGCCGGCCGAGUGGAAAAUUUGUUAUUCGGAGGAAAAGAGCGGACAUUACUAUUACAAUACGCGAACGAAGCAAUCGCAGUGGGAUCAUCCAUUGGACGCAGUGUAUCGUGAUCUUGUGGAGCAGACGCGUCAAAAGCUGCAGACAACUGGAGCAGCUGGAGCUGCCACGCCCAUAAUUGAUAACUCGGAUGACGUGUCGCAGCUGGAUUCGGGAAUACGCAGCAUGCAGGGCACGGAUGAGCUGCUGGACGACAUGAGUUCACCCCUAAACAAUGGCAGCAGUCAUCAGCCGGGUACAUUGGCUAAAACAACAACAGCAACAGCAACAACGGGAACAACAGCAGCCAACUUGCCAACAAAUAGUUUUCCGGGUCCAAGUGGUUUCAGUGGCGGCGUUAGUCGAUUUUUGGAAUCGCGUAGCAAAAACUUUGGACCCAUUUUUCAGCCGGUGAAGAAUACACGUUUCGAGGUGGCCAAAACCAAUGCACAAAUCAGCUUGGCCAUGAAAUUUGGACAGCCGGCGACGACGACAGCAGCUGCAAUGAGUCAAAUGGAGCCAACGUUGGAGCCAACAACGCAACGUAAAGGCGCCUUUCAAUUGUCCGGCACGGGAGCCAUGUUCCUCAAGUCCCGACGUCACUUGGAGCAGCAGCAACAACAGCCAUUAACAGCAACAACUGGAGCAACAACAACGCCUGCAAUAGAGUUGCAGAGUCAAGGAACACAUGGUGUCAAGGGCAUUUUAAGGGACUCCAGUUUGACGGACAUGCGACGUCGUUUCGAUCGGGAACGGGAACGGGAGCGGGAGCGGGAUGAGGACGCUGCUGUGGCUGUGGGUGAGGACAAGAAGAGCGUACGCUUUAAUCUGACGGAAACGAUACGCAUGAGAAGCUCACCAGAGACUGAGGAUAAUGCGCAUAACAAAGUCAAUCAGAGUCCUGAAUUGAGCAUCAAUUCCGAUGACGAGGAGGAGGAGGAGGAGGCGGAACGGGGGGCCAAUGAGGAGGAUGUGGCUGAGGAUAACGAUGAGGAUGACAAUGAGGAGGAUGAUGAUGAUGAUGAUGUCUGGGAUGAGGAUGUCUUGGAUCCGGAUGCCAUGGAAGGCAUGUGCAGUCUAAAUCCAUUUAUAAGCGAUGCCAAUAACAAAUCCAUAAGAAUCAUAAAUCUGCCCAAAGCGCAGACAAUACAAAUGCUAAAGGCAGCCGAAUUGGAGCAGUGCAAGCAGGAAGCGGGCGCAGCAGGAGGAGUGGGAAUAGGAAUGGGAAUAGGAAUAGGAGUGGGUACCGCAGCAGGAACCACUGCUAGCAGUUACCUGGACAAGCUGAAAGAGAGCGCCACCGUAAAGCCGCUCUAUGAGGAUACCGACUCGGAUUCCAAAGGCAGCUCGGUGCGCAGUUUCAUCAUUAAUAAAUCGGAGCAGGAAUCGCUGCAUGACAACAAUCCCUUUGAUCUCGACGAGCUGGGACGCAAGCACAGUCACGAGCUGGAGCAACUGCAGCGCAAAUCCGCUCAAGCGGCACAAAUGGCCACCGAUAAGCUGGGACUGCGCUCCCUGAAGAUGGCCAGCAAGCUGGUGGGUCUGCUCAAGCAAAAGGAUAACAGCAGCACGGCGAGCACCACGAGCGAGGUGCUCAAUGAGGCAGCGGCCCUGCAACAGUUGCAACAGGACAUGGAGAGCAUUAAGCGGGAGCACGAGGCGCGCUUGAAGAGUUUGCGGCAUGAAUACGAUCUGCGCUUGACCUCGCACCAACAUCAGCUGGAGGAGGCAUUCGAGGUGCAGCUGGAGGAGUACCGUGUCCAGCUGGAGCAUCAGUUGCAGGCGAAGCGCGCCCAGGUGGUCAGUGAGCACAAGACACGCAUGGCCACGCUGCAAACCAAUCACGCCGAAUUGCUGCACGAACUCGAACGGGAUUUGCGCAGUGAACAGGAGAUUUUGAGGCGGGAACAUGCCGCCAAACUCAAUCAGAUGCGGGAUAAGCUGGCCCAUGAGCUGGAGCUGGAGAAGCAGCGUCUGCGCGACAAUGGCGAGGAGCGUCUGUAUGAGAAAGUGCGCUGUGAGAAGCGUUUGCUCGAGGAUAAGUAUCGUUGUCUCAAGGAGAAGUAUGUGCGGCUCAAAACCGAUGUCAAAUUGUCGCUGGAGCGACGCAGUCGACGUCGUGAGGCGCAAGCCAUGCAACAACACGCACACACACACCACACACAUCACACACACCAUCACAACAACACCAAUACCAAUACGAACACUACAACCGGCUCGGAAACGGAGCGAUCCAUUUCACAGAAGCCUUCCAUUGGCAACAGCGAUAAUCGUUCCUUGAGCUACUCGGAGCAGGCAACCGCUGGCAUCAGUCUGGGUACAGCAGGAGCAGGAGCAGGCGCUGGCGCCGGAGCAACUGUUAGUCAGGGAGCCGCUGCCAAGGUGCGUCCACCUGUGCCGCCCAAGACGCAUCUGAGCAGCAAGCCGGGCAUAGCCAGCAAGUAUAUCAAGCAACUGCAGCUGCAGGAUGAUGCAAACACCUCGUUGAGUCAAUCGGAUACAACCAUAUCGAAUAAUUAUAGCAAAGGACGCUAUUUGGCCGCGCCCACACCAACGCCCACGGCCACGCCCACGCCCGCCUCCGCCUCGGCGGUGGUGCUCAGUGACAAUGGCAACUCCGAUUCGGAGGCAGUGGCUCAGCAGUGCAAUCAGGAGAACAACAACAACAACAACAUUAAUAAAUCCUUGGCACCGCCGCCACGCAAGAAACUCUUCUCCCGCACCAAAUCCGCCUCCACAUCGCGUCUCAAUUCGGAUAAUUCGAAUAACUACAAGCAGCUGGAGCGACCCUGCACGCCCGUGGAGAAUCUGCGGCAUCAGCUGCAGAAGCUGGAGGAUCUGGAGGAUCAGUUUCCGGAGCAUACGCUGGAUACGACCUAUCAUCUGCGUUAUCCCUUCACGGACAUUUCCAACGAGCAUGCGGCGGUUGUUGGCUCUGUGGUCGGCUCGGAGCUGGAAUUCUUCAAGCAUCGCAUACACUUGGAGCGGGAUUCAGUGCGUCGAGCCAAGGAAUCGCUGCGAACACAACGCACCAAUUUUCGUGCCAGACAACGUGAGAUUAAACAGCGUCACAAGAGCAUUGCCUUGGCCGCACCGCGUCAUUCCCUGGAUCAGCUCAUCCAGGAGGAGAAGGAGCUCACCGAAAUGGAGGUGAAUCUGCACCGGACACGUGCAUUGCUCGGCGAGAAGGUGAUACGUUUGCGCCACUUGGAACAGAGUCUAUUGCGCAUCUAUGAGAAGGAGAAGCCCACGGCAUUGGAGCAGGAACCCAAGGAUGAUGCCACCACCUUAAGUGAUCUCUCCUCGCAUUCCAGUUCGGGUUUUAGCAGCACGGAUUUUGCCAGCGGCGCGGAUCUGCACAAGCGCAAGGAAUACUUUCAGCAGGAGUCCAAUGAAUGCAUACAAAAUUUGGAAAUUCUCAAUGCCGAAAUCCGUGAAAUACUCGAUAUACUCAGUCAGAAACAGCAGCAGCAACAACAACAGCAACAACAACCAGCAGCAACGGCAUCACAUCAUGCCUUGACUAGCUUAUCCAUGGGCAUGUCCAUGCCCAUGAUAUCGCCCAAUGAGCUCAGCUGGUCGCACAUGCUCAGCCAGCAAUCCUCGACAGCCGCUGCAGUGCCUCCGCUGCAGUCGAGCAGCGCCGGUCAUAGCAUGAGUGGUGGUACCGGUACCGCCGUACAUGCACCGCAAUCGAUACCCACACUCGCCGAUCGGCUGGAAACAUAUCGUCAAUUGGCCGCCGGACGCAUGCACAGUUCCAUGGGUGGUGCCAUAUUGGCAGCCAAUACCAUUGUCUCCCAGAGUCCCAGGGCGGUCAACUAUACGACCAGUUUGGUGGAGCGUACACGCGACUUACGCAACUGGUUGCGUCAGGCCAAGACGGAGCAUGAACUCUUGACGGGAAUGGGCAUGCAACAUGGUCUCUCCAUGCACACAGCCAGCGGUGGGGGCAUAAGUGGCAUUGGCGCCGCAGUGGGCUGUAAUGCACCGUCGGGUGCAACAGCUAACGGUGGUGGUACAGCUGGUACCAGCUCCACAGCAGCUGGUACCACUGCCGCAUCGGCACAAACUAAUUUGUAAGACUUCCCCAUCCAUGGCUCCCAUACCCGCUAAUCCCUCUCUAGUCAAAACUAACUGCAUUAUUUGUAAUUAUUGUUUAAGCAUUUCUUUUUUAAAGUUUAAGUUUUAGUUAAUAACUAUCUUAGUUUAGAUUUAAACGCUGUACAUAAGCAAAACGCCUUUUUACCUAUUGCCUUUUUGUUGCAAACAC